UUUUAUCAGUGCUCAGUUCAAAAGCCUGCACCUCUGAUGGUAUGGGGGUGCAUUACCUUUAUGCCAGUCCGCUAGGUUCAUCUUCUCUUGUGGCUGGUCUGCACAAUCCCACCACUAGGGGCCGGCCCAGAGUAACAUGUUACAAUAGUAUCGGCACUACAUUACUCUUCUUGUGAGGCCCAGAUGUGAAGACUUGAAUUUUAAAACCUGAACUUUAAGACCUGAAUUUUUGCAGCCUGAAUUUGUAAGGUUGAAAUAUAAUGUGUUGAAAAAUUACCUGACGAAUAAUGAAGAUGGCAUUUUAACCACCGGAAUAUUUUGGAACCGUAUUUUAGGAAGGUGAAUAUGUUUGCAUUGAAUUUUAAAUGCUGGAAUUUUGUUUUCAAUCAAAAUAUACAAACCCAAUGAAUUGCAGAGGAAACUAAUUCAAGCACUGUUAUUGCUGUUUUUUUUUUUUUUUCAAGUUGUGUCAAAUUGCUGGGCAGAAAUACUCAAGUAUUGUUAUUGCGAUAUAUUUGUAUUCAAAUUAAGUAAUUCACCAUGCCAUUUUGCCUUGAGGACAUUUGGCACUAUUAUACUUCCAUAUAUAUUCAGUCUAAAGAGGACUCGGAGGAAAGUAGUCUCAUCUUGCAUUCAAACUAAGCUGUCUAUUUACAACAGAUGACACAACGUUAUAGAGAAGGUGGUGUGUUAACUAACUAGUAGAAGUUUGUAGGAAAAUGAUUAUACAAAUGAUUAAGAUUUAUUAUUGCUACAUCCUGAUGUUAUUGGUGUGUGUGUGUGUGUGUGUGUGUGUGUGUGUGUGUGUGUGUGUGUGUGUUCAGGGAGAGCCACUGGCUCAGAAGGGCAGAGCGAAACCACAGGUCUACAUGCACAUCAAAAUCGGUAAUAAACCUGCAGGAAGACUGCACAUGUUACUCCGAGCUGACGUGGUGCCCAUGACUGCAGAGAACUUCCGUUGCCUGUGUACACACGAGAAAGGUUUCGGCUUCAAGGGCAGCAGCUUCCACAGGAUCAUCCCUCAGUUCAUGUGUCAGGGAGGUGACUUCACCAACCACAAUGGCACCGGCGGCAAAUCCCUCUACGGACGCAAGUUCGACGACGAGAACUUUGUGCUCAAACACACCGGCCCAGGUCUGCUCUCAAUGGCGAACUCUGGUUCGAACACAAACGGCUCGCAGUUCUUCAUCACCUGUGACUAAACAGAUAGGCUGGAUGGCAAACACGUGGUGUUUGGAGAGCUUCUGGAGAGCAUGGACGUGGUGCAGGCCAUGAAGGUGUGUGUGUGUGUGUGUGUGUGUGUGAGAGAGAGAGAGAGAGAGAGAGAUUCUCAGUAUAUUAUUUCUUUUACAAGUCAUUAAUUUCAGUUUAAUGUUAUUAUUUAAGGAAAGUAAAUGGAGAUUUGGCCUCAGAUCUGGGAAUGUGUGUGUGUAUGUAUGUAUGUAUGUAUGUGUGUGUGAGACUGCUUUGAAAGACUAAGGAAGCAAAACUCAUACACUGAACAUGUCUUGGCUAAUGUAUUUAGAUUUAUUAUAAUUCUGGAUUAUUCUGUAUUAAGUAAAAAUUUUACUUAUUUUAACAGCAUUAGAUUUCAAACUUGACGUUAAUGGCUGCUUCUGUAUUUUCUUUGUAGGCUCAGGGAAGUAAAGAUGGCAAACCCAAACAGAAGGUGAUUAUAUCUGAUUGUGGAGAGUACGAAUGAGCACCUGUACCUGCGGAGUGUGUGUGGAACAUGCUUGUUGGAAUGCCAAUCUGUGUGUGUGUGUGUGUGUGUGUGUGUGUGUGUGUGUGUGUUUUAUGGGAAUAGUUCACAUCACUCAACUCGGUCAAAGCCUUCUGGUUUAAACAGAUGCUUUUUUUUGUAUGAUGGAUUUGUAAAUAUCUAAUAAAUUUUUAUAAUGAAAAUUGGCUCACAUUUUUUUUUUUUUACCAGGAUCUUCAGUCAUUAUUAGAAAAUGAUCACGUGUCUGAUCGUUGAUUUACUUUUACGCCUAGUGUGAGGACGUAUAUGAGCUUUCUGAGUGUGACCAAUCUGGAUUAAAAUAUUGCAUGUUUCCCAAGAAGAUACCUCACCAUUGUUGUUAUAUAUCAUUAUUGUACACCGAUCAGCCAUAACAUUAAAACCACUGAUGGGUGUAGUGAAUAAUAUUGAUUAUCUCAUUACAGCGGGACUUGUCAAGGGGUGAGAUAUAUCAGGCAGCAGUCAGUUCUCGAAGUUGAUGUGUUGGAAGCAGGAAAAAUGGGCAAGCGUAAGGAUCUGAGCGAAUUUCACAACAGCCAAUUUGUGAUUUUUGGCCUCGAUAUUACUGAGCUAACUAAGGUCCGUUAGCCACUGACU